AGACACCGAGAUGGCCGCGACGACAGGACAGCGCCAACGUUAUCCUUGUUGAGAGUUUCGCAAUAUAUUUGUAUUGCAGCAGUCAGUCUCAACGAAAACGUCGAACCAACCCAAUCGCAUCGAACACCCGAUUGAACGACGGCUGCUGCUUCCUUUGAGCGGAAGCUGGAGCUGAAGCUGAAGCGACUAACUGACUACUUUAAUAAAAUCACGCCAACAACCCACCUAAACUCAACAAAACUAAAACAAGCUCUGCCGGAGCACAACUAAGGGCAAACUCAACUAAGAAAACUCGACUAAAACUGAAGCAAGAAGCUGGUAAAACUUUUACUAUUACUCGCACAAGAACUAAACCAAAGACCAGCCAAAAGCCAGACGGGGCCAACUGAGCAAAAUGAACGACAGUCGACGCAACACGGCCACAGAAUUUAGCUACAUUCUUCAGCGUCAGGGCAGCGAUGUGUCUGUUGCCGAGGCCUAUGCAUUCGAUGACUUCAACAAUCUAAUGAAGAACAACCAUCAGGCAACACAUCAGCAACAGGGACAGCAGCCACAACAACAGCCACAACAACAUCAUCAACAGCUGCAGCAACAGCAACAGCAACAGCAACAGCACCUUCCUUCCCAGCAACAGCAACCACAACAUGAUGCCACGCUGGGCGACACAUUGUCCUCGUUGCCACAGGCCUCGUUCAACUAUAUCAACUCCAUUGUGGGCAGCGGCGUCAUUGGCAUACCGUACGCACUGCAUCGUGCCGGCUUCGGCAUGGGCCUGGCCCUGCUCAUCCUGGUCGCCUACAUAACCGAUUACUCACUCAUCCUAAUGGUCAGAUGCGGCCACAUUUGCGGGCGGUUCAGCUAUCCGGGCAUCAUGGAGGCUGCCUACGGGAAGUACGGCUACUACCUGCUCUCCCUGCUCCAGUUCAUGUAUCCCUUUCUGGCCAUGAUAUCCUACAACGUUGUCGUGGGCGAUACCCUGUCCAAGGUGCUCGUUCGAUUCUUCCCCUCCUGGGGCGCCUCCAUGGGCGCCGUUCGACUGGGCGUGGUCUUCUUUGUCAAUGUCGGUGUUGUGAUGCCCCUCUGUUUGUACAAGAACGUCUCCCGCCUGGCCAGAGCCAGCUUCAUCAGCCUGGCUUGUGUCGUCUUCAUUCUGUUUGCCGUCAUCAUCAAGCUCAUGUCCGGCGAUUAUAAAGUAACGGACACUGCGGACUCAUGGCGCUUUGCUAACUCUGAUAUAAUACCAGCCACAGGCAUCAUGGUCUUUGCUUUCAUGUGCCAUCACAAUACAUUUCUCGUUUAUCAAUCGAUGCGCGACGCGACCAUGGAGCGCUGGGAGAAGGUCACCCACAUUUCGAUUGGUUUCGCCUGGACAGUGGCGGCCCUGUUCGGCAUCGCUGGAUACUCCACCUUCCGUGCCCUGUCCCAAGGCGACUUGCUGGAGAACUAUUGCUGGGAUGACGACCUGAUGAACUUUUCGCGUGUCCUCUUCUCCAUAUCCAUUCUGCUGACCUUUCCCAUCGAAUGCUUCGUUUCUCGAGAGAUUGUGCGCGCAUUAGUCCAUCGGUUCGUGCUGAAGGAGCCCAUCAGUGAGUUUACCCAGGACAAGGACCCCAACUUGGAGAAGGGAGCCAUAAUCGAUGAGUACUCGAAAGCCAUUACCAUGGCCAUCGUUUUCAGCGCCUUCAUCAUAUCGCCCAUGACCGACUGCCUCGGCUCAGUGCUGGAGCUCAAUGGUCUGCUGGCAGCCAUACCCUUGGCUUAUAUACUGCCCGGCCUGGCCUACAUCCGGAUGGAGCCGCACGCCCUCUUCAGCCGCGAGAAGCUGCCAGCUCUGGGCCUGGUGGUGUUCGGUGCCCUUGUGACCAUCCUGGGCGCCGCGGUGCUGCUGCCCGGCCUAAUGGGCGACGAAUGUCGGUCGGAUAUUGUAUUGGGCUAUUGCCGGCAGGAGUUCCAGAAUGCCACCGCCGAGGUGGCCUCCACAAAGAUGGUGAACUAAUCGCACGGGAGGAAGGGUAACCAAAUCGGAAUCGAAGCCAAACUCACAUUAUUUAAGGCCAUUAGCAAUUGGAAAUUGGAAUUGGCGGGCUGGGAUUAUUGUUUUUAAGUUCUUAAGUAUCUGAAAAUGGGUCGGAAGUCUUGAUUUAAGUCUCGGUUUUACAGCUGCACCUUCGCAAAGAAAGAAACUUGUACCUGAGUCGCAGAUACUCGAGAGUGUCUGGGCGAGUGUAAGUACAUAAGUACAUAUGUAUGUAAGUGGUAGGCAAUACAAAGUAUUGUAUUCGAGUGUGGAAGUGGAAGUGAUACGAGUGAAUCUCAGUACAAAGGCAAGCAAAUCUCUCUCUGAACGAGUUACCCUAGUUAAAUGCACCCCCACCCAUCCCGGAAACCUAUUCUUUCUGUACAUUUCGUUGGAUCCCUCCUGAUGUUGAUAUUGUUGAGCCCCCCUUCCCAAAUAUUGAUGUAGCGAAAGUUCCUCGAUGCACACAUUUAUUGCAUGCAUGAACUUGUACUUGCGACAAUUCCGAAUCAAAACCAAAUCAAAACCAAAUCAAAACCAAAUCAAAACUCAAACUCAAACCUAGAACUAGAUGUUAUUCGUAGCUUUAGCGUAUUCUGAAACUAUUUGGGCACCAAUAUACACAUGCAAAAUACUCCACUAGGAAAUAUGAAACCCAAGUUGAGAAUCCAAUCAAAAUCAAAAUCAAAACCAAAGUAUUAUACCAACAAAUUUGUAACUAUGUAUGUAAUGUAUGUAAUGUAUUUGUUAUCAGAUCAUGUAACAACGUUUUAUAUAUAUAUGUGUACAGCUCUACAGAUCGUAGACACUUGCAUAUUUGCUUUAGCUCCCGGACACGAAGAAGCUUUAUCCAAAACAUAAUCCUUUUUCAUAUACAACUUCUACUCGCGUACACAUCGAUCUGGACAGGACAACAGUUUUGAGUUGUUAACGGCACUGAAUUCUAUUUUGAAUUUACUUACACUUACUUAUAUACAACAGACAUUCAGAGACAUUUAUAUACAUUGUAUAGACGAGAUAUAUUUUUGUACAACUCUUGAUUUAUAUUGCACGAUUUUAUGUAGAUAUGUGUGUAUGUAGGGAAGUGAUUAAAGUUUUUUACAUUUACACACAAAGCUCUCUUCUGUCACUUCUUAUCUACUAUAACUCUGGCUGAGGGAAGACGAGACCCAGACCACGUCCCAGAUCCCAUCCCAGCUCCCUAACCCCCGAUUGACUCUACUCUAAGAGCUUAGACAUAAAACAUAUCAUGGCCAAGGAACACAGGACACAACUACAACCAACAACAACCAACAACAAAUGGCUUUUCUAAGAUACUAUUUACAAGAUCUAACCAACUGAAACUAUCGCUUAUACACACAAGGAAACAUUUCUCCUGUAUAUACACUCUAUACAAAUGCUCUUUCGUAUGAUAAUAGAAUCUAUAUCCUCAUAUCCAAAUCAUUCUCGUUGUUUCCUUACUCAAAAUAAACAUACAUAUGAGCAAUGAUGUAGGGACAACUUGUUUAUCGUUCGAACACAACCAAAUUGGAAUCGAAUCAAUGUGUUAAGAUGUAUUUGUUAUUAAGUGUAUUAUGCAUGUGCUCGUAGUACGUAUACCAAAUACAAAUAUAUAUUUAAUAUAUAGCCAGCUGUUUAGAGUCGAUGAAGAGAAGGAGCUAUAAUUUGUACUCAUGCGAGUAUGCGAGUGCCAUAAGCCAGAGAUAACCAAAGCAAAAGCAAAAUCAAAAGCAACAGCAAACUCGAAUCAAAUUUGAUUCCAAUUGUAUGCAUAGAUAAGCAUAUGAAAGUCAACCAGAUAUACUCGUACUCGUACUUACAGCAAUAAAGAAUGUA